CAUGACUCCUACUACUUGUGACUCACAUUCCUGAAGUUUUCGUGUUAUCAAAGGCUUAUUCACUAUCGUUUGCGUGACGUUUGGAAAAUAAUAUGUAUAUAUAAAGAGAUAAAAAAGAAAAAUAAUUCGGGAGACAUCCACGAAGACGCGAGUUCUGGUAGAAACUACUGCAUGUUGCUGUCCGGGCGUAUUAGCUUACAACUCCUACUGUUAGCUAGCUGUCUUGCUACUUUGUUGGCUGUUUGAAAGUUGUUUUUUGUUUUAUUGAGCGCGGCAGAGAACCCUCAAAUUUCUUCGCAGCUUUCAGACAUUGUUUCUUCUCUCACAUGGUUUGGAAAUGUACGAGUAGGAGAUUCAGUGACUAGUCUGCCCACUCCUCAUGAGGGGAGACUUGGCUUCGUUGAGAUGGCCGAUGUCUUAUCAGACUCCAGAAGGUGUAAUUAUUUCUUCCUCUAUGAUGGAUCAAAGGUGAAGGAGGAGGGUGAUCCUACGAGGGAAGGCAUUUGCUACUUCUAUCCUGAAGAGACACCUAUAGAUAAGCAGGAACUGCUCUGUGGACAGCUUGCUGGUGUGGGUCGCUGUAUCUCUGAGAUAUCUUCCUCUCCUGUGCGUGUACUGAAGCUACGCCGAAGCAAGUUUGCCAUCCGCAUGAAGGAGGAUCUUUUUUGGGCUUUGGGCUGCUCAGUGGACAUCCCAACCGUCAGUGUCUGUGAGCUCCUGGAUCAACUAAUAAACCUUUUUUGUUUCUAUAAUGGUUCCGUCCGCCAGAGCUACCAGAUAAACAGUCGGGAAACUUUAGCUGUACGAUGGGCCCAUUACCUCUCACACUUACAAGGAGGAUCCAGAGAGUUUCAUCAUAUCUUCAGCUGUCUGAGAACCAUUGACUCAACUAAUAUUGACCCUCUUCUCCUGCUCAAAGCUGCCCUCAUUCUUCAGGCCUGUCAACGUUGCCCUCUUGUGUUAGCAGGCUGUAUCCUCUUCCGUGGAAGAGUCGUAAGCACACAGAUGCCACCGGAUCUCACGAUAAAAGUCAUGGUUUACGAGAGUGAAACAUAUAACAAGGAACAGUGGUCCAAUGAACUCAGCUCCUCUGGCUCUUCAGGCAGUAUCCCUCUCUCCAGUGGUGUGACCUUCACUACAGUUUUCCUAACCACGUGUGAGCUACAAUGUCUGCGUUCCUCUCCUGUCGACAGAGAAACCAGGUCCGACUCUACCCUGAACAAAGACAGCUCACCACAGAGGACCUGCCUCUCAAGAACAUUAUCUGACACACCCUCCAUCUGUUCUGACCCAUCCGGGCCAGAUUCUUCUCAGUUUCCCAUUCCAUCUCAGGAUGUGUCCUACAACCCUCUUAUACCAGGAUCUGAUAAUUUGGUGUUUAGCCCAAGUCCCUCACAGAAUACAGCUGGUUCACUUAACUCCCUGCUGUCCCAGACCUCAGCGAAGUCUCUGGAGCUUCUGGUUCAAAAUGGGAAAACUUGCCAUGAAACUGAGGAGGACACACUGGAAGAGUCAUGUUAUCACAGUUUUUAUAGUAACGGAGGUGGAAACAGCCUACUGAUUAGUGAGGGAGACAGCUCCCUGCAUGAGGAAACCUCUCCGCUGAAUGGACAGACUGGCAGUAGUACAGCAGCAGAUGGAGAGAUGACUGUAGCUGUAACUGGGAGUGAAGAUUCCCAUGUGGAUAAAAUGGUGUUGGGAGACAGCGGGGCUGACAGUGAGAACAUUGACACUCUGCAGAGUGGGAUGAGAGAUCUCCCUCCCUGCUCCUCUCCUGAGGGCAACCUGGCAGAGAGCCCCCUGGUGCCCAUGACGCUGUAUCAGCACAGGGUGAAGGGCCUGGUACUGGCUUUAUUGGUGGAGCCUCAAUUCCUGAGCGACACGACUGCCAUGAAGGAAGUGUAUCACAGCAGCCUGGCAUCACUGAAUGGACUGGAGGCCCACCUGAGGACCGUCAGCCCAGUAGCCCCAGGCCCUCAAGACCUCUAUAUCUUUGCUCAUUUUGAUUGUAUUCAAAACACACUGACAACCAACCUGUCUGGUCCAUCGGGGGGAGUUCAGGAGCGAUCCUUUGUCAGAGGCACAUCACUUCUUCACUCGCAUUUCUAUAACACUGGAACUCUGCAGGAGGCUAUUCUUAGGAAUGCAGGUGCAGCUGUGUACGGAACGCGCAGUGUGGCCCAGGAGACGUACUUCCUGCAGCACGGGGGAACAGUGCGGAACUCUGGCAUUCCCAACCACCAGGACAGCGCUUUCUCCCUGCCCAGCAAGGCCCGACACAGACUGCUGAAACAUGGAGUCAACCUGUUCUGGCGUGACAUGACGGAGGCCCAGCGUAGCGGCACCUAAACUCUAAAACUCAUCUUUCACAGUUUGCUGGAACAUUUCAAACAGACACUGGAGGUUUUUGUUAUCCGUGCAGUAGCAGUGUGAUUAAGUCAAAUGGAAAUAUUUGAUAAUACUGUUGUAAAAUAUAGCCAUCGACACUCUGAAUUCUGGAAAUUUUGUGAUCACACAACAGACAUUUUGCUAUGUGAUCACUUUAUUAAUACCUGUAUUUCAGUCAAGGCUUUAAUGGAAUUCCACAAAUCGCUUUAGUGAAAUUAUUUCCUCUUUUUUCUGUUUAUUGGUUAAAAGAACAAGGAAAUUCAAAGAAAAUUCAGGCAAUAUAAAUAGUAGCUUAUUGUGUUUAUUUAUAUGAUAGUGCCUUUUCUUUGGAUGCUCAUAAGUGUAAUCUUUUCUAUACAAAAUAAAAUUUCCCUAAUUAUGUAGCUUAGCCAUUGAAACAACCAAAACCUUGUAUCAAAAACUAUUUAUUAUAGAUCAGCUCUGGAAAUUGUCCUUUGAAUAAUACGCUAGUAGAUCCACUGUAAUUUAAAAAAAAAUAUUCACAGUACCUGAUGUGUGCAUUUUAAUGUGUGUGCAUAGAAUAGGUUAACUGUUAUGUUGUGCAACUUUGCUGGAUAAAUAAAUGAAUAAAUGGU